ACACACACACAGCUAUUCAUUGCGAGAAGCAUUGAGUGGUCUCAGUUGGAUGCGAUGAUACUUGAGUUAAUGUUGCUUUGCUUCAUUCUCAAGUGUGAUGCUACAACCAAACCUUUCCUGUUCAUCAUAGAGCUACAUCAUAAUGGAUGGAGUUUAUAGCUCACUAUACAGGUGACAACAUGCAGCUCAUUUCUCCUGUGUGUGUGUGUGUCUUCACGGAUACUAGGUUUGUGUUUGGUGUGUGUCUUCACGGGUACUAGGUGUGUGUUUGGUGUGUGUCUUCACGGGUACUAGGUGUGUGUUUGGUGUGUGUCUUCACGGGUUCUAGGUCUGUGUUUGGUGUGUGUCUUCACGGGUACUAGGUCUGUGUUUGGUGUGUGUCUUCACGGGUACUAGGUGUGUGUUUGGUGUGUGUCUUCACGGGUACUAGGUGUGUGUUUGGUGUGUGUCUUCACGGGUACUAGGUGUGUGUUUGGUGUGUGUCUUCACGGGUUCUAGGUCUGUGUUUGGUGUGUGUCUUCACGGGUACUAGGUCUGUGUUUGGUGUGUCUUCACGGGUACUAGGUGUGUGUUUGGUGUGUGUCUUCACGGGUACUAGGUGUGUGUUUGGUGUGUGUCUUCACGGGUUCUAGGUCUGUGUUUGGUGUGUGUCUUCACGGGUACUAGGUUUGUGUUUGGUGUGUGUCUUCACGGGUACUAGGUCUGUGUUUGGUGUGUGUCUUCACGGGUACUAGGUGUGUGUUUGGUGUGUGUCUUCACGGGUACUAGGUGUGUGUUUGGUGUGUGUCUUCACGGGUACUAGGUGUGUGUUUGGUGUGUGUCUUCACGGGUACUAGGUGUGUGUUUGGUGUGUGUCUUCACGAGUACUAGGUCUGUGUUUGGUGUGUGUCUUCACGGGUACUAGGUCUGUGUUUGGUGUGUGUCUUCACGGGUACUAGGUGUGUGUUUGGUGUGUGUCUUCACGGGUACUAGGUGUGUGUUUGGUGUGUGUCUUCACGGGUACUAGGUGUGUGUUUGGUGUGUGUCUUCACGGGUACUAGGUGUGUGUUUGGUGUGUGUCUUCACGGGUUCUAGGUCUGUGUUUGGUGUGUGUCUUCACGGGUACUAGGUGUGUGUUUGGUGUGUGUCUUCACGGGUUCUAGGUCUGUGUUUGGUGUGUGUCUUCACGGGUACUAGGUGUGUGUUUGGUGUGUGUCUUCACGGGUACUAGGUCUGUGUUUGGUGUGUGUCUUCACGGGUACUAGGUCUGUGUUUGGUGUGUGUCUUCACGGGUUCUAGGUGUGUGUUUGGUGUGUGUCUUCACGGGUUCUAGGUCUGUGUUUGGUGUGUGUCUUCACGGGUACUAGGUCUGUGUUUUGUGUGUGUCUUCACGGGUACUAGGUGUGUGUUUGGUGUGUGUCCUCACGGGUACUAGGUGUGUGUUUGGUGUGUGUCUUCACGGGUUCUAGGUCUGUGUUUGGUGUGUGUCUUCACGGGUACUAGGUGUGUGUUUGGUGUGUGUCUUCACGGGUACUAGGUCUGUGUUUGGUGUGUGUCUUCACGGGUACUAGAUGUGUGUUUGGUGUGUGUCUUCACGGGUACUAGGUGUGUGUUUGGUGUGUGUCUUCACGGGUACUAGGUGUGUGUUUGGUGUGUGUACUCUGAUGUGGGAAAGUGUGAUGAGAGACAGGAGUGAGGGGGAGAGAAUAGAAGAGACAGACUAGUGUGAUGAGAGACGAGAGUGAGGGAGAGAGAAUAGAAUAGACAGACUAGUGUGAUGAGAGACGAGAGUGAGGGAGAGAGAAUAGAAUAGACAGACUAGUGUGAUGAGAGACGAGAGUGAGGGAGAGAGAAUAGAAUAGACAGACUAGUGUGAUGAGAGACGAGAGUGAGGGAGAGAGAAUAGAAGAGACAGACUAGUGUGAUGAGAGUGAGGGAGAGAGAAUAGAAGAGACAGACUAGAGGAAGAGAGGAGGAAAGGGCAUGAGUUGUACAAUAGAGGGAGAGAGAGUAAGGGAUUAAAUAGCAGUCUUUCUAACUACUGUACAGAUUAUAGUCAUCUCUAGUGGAUUAUUCCCUAGUUAGAAUGUCCUCUCCCCUUCCCGACGUUCCUGGUGAUCAGUGCAUUGAGUAGAAACAGCCACCCCGUUUUCUAAGAUCUCUCUCUCUCUCUCUGUUUCUCGUGUCUUUCUUUCACUUUCUCCUACCCCCUUUCAAUUCUCCACUGAGUCAGAUCCAUCUCUCUCAGAAUGAAAGAUAGUAGUUACUCCUUUUCCUUCCUUCCUUCCUUCCUUCCUUCCUUCCUUCCUUUCCUCCCUUCCUUCCCUGGAACAAACCACUCUGCACUGUCUAAGAAGAACACUACUGUCCCUAGAGAGGAGAGGAGGAGAGAGAGCGGGAGAGAGAGGAGGCGAGAGAGAGAUGGAGAGAGAGAACAAAAAUAGAGGGAAAGGCAGAGAGGUAUGAAGAGGGAAGGGGUGUAUGUGUGUGAGAGAGAGAGAGCAGGUGGGGCAGAGAGGGAAGGAAGGUUUGUGUGGGAGGGAGAGAAAGAGGGGUCAAGGUGAGAGAGAAAAAGAUAGAGGGAGAGAGUGAGGGAGGGAGGGAGGGAAAGUGGGUAGAGAGAUGUACACUAUACAUAGCGUGAACAGGUUUAGAGAGGAGAGAGUGGUGUUGGUGAACAGGUUUAGAGAGGAGAGAGUGGUGGUGAACAGGUUUAUAGAGGAGAGAGUGGUGGUGAACAGGUUUAGAGAGGAGAGAGUGGUGGUGGUGAACAGGUUUAGAGAGGAGAGAGUGGUGUUGGUGAACAGGUUUAGAGAGGAGAGAGUGGUGGUGGUGAACAGGUUUAGAGAGGAGAGAGUGGUGGUGAACAGGUUUAGAGAGGAGAGAGUGGUGGUGAACAGGUUUAGAGAGGAGAGAGUGGUGGUGGUGAACAGGUUUAGAGAGGAGAGAGUGGUGGUGAACAGGUUUAGAGAGGAGAGAGUGGUGGUGAACAGGUUUAGAGAGGAGAGAGUGGUGGUGGUGGACAGGUUUAGAGAGGAGAGAGUGGUGGUGGUGGACAGGUUUAGAGAGGAGAGAGUGGUGGUGGUGGACAGGUUUAGAGAGGAGAGAGUGGUGGUGGUGAACAGGUUUAGAGAGGAGAGAGUGGUGGUGGUGAACAGGUUUAGAGAGGAGAGAGUGGUGGUGGUGAACAGGUUUAGAGAGGAGAGAGUGGUGGUGGUGAACAGGUUUAGAGAGGAGAGAGUGGUGGUGGUGAACAGGUUCAGAGAGGAGAGAGUGGUGGUGAACAGGUUUAGAGAAGAGAUAGUGGUGGUGUUGAACAGGUUUAGAGAGGAGAGAGUGGUGGUGGUGAACAGGUUUAGAGAGGAGAUAGUGGUGGUGGUGAACAGGUUUAGAGAGGAGAUAGUGGUGGUGAACAGGUUUAGAGAGGAGAGAGUGGUGUUGGUGAACAGGUUUAGAGAGGAGAGAGUGGUGGUGAACAGGUUUAGAGAGGAGAGAGUGGUGGUGGUGAACAGGUUUAGAGAGGAGAUAGUGGUGGUGAACAGGUUUAGAGAGGAGAGAGAGGUGGUGGUGAACAGGUUUAGAGAGGAGAGAGUGGUGGUGAACAGGUUUAGAGAGGAGAGAGUGGUGGUGGUGAACAGGUUUAGAGAGGAGAUAGUGGUGGUGAACAGAUUUAGAGAGGAGAGAGUGGUGGUGGUGAACAGGUUUAGAGAGGAGAGAGUGGUGGUGGUGAACAGGUUUAGAGAGGAGAGAGUGGUGGUGGUGAACAGGUUUAGAGAGGAGAGAGUGGUGGUGGUGAACAGGUUUAGAGAGGAGAGAGUGGUGGUGGUGAACAGGUUUAGAGAGGAGAGAGUGGUGGUGGUGAACAGGUUUAGAGAGGAGAGAGUGGUGGUGGUGAACAGGUUUAGAGAGGAGAUAGUGGUGGUGAACAGGUUUAGAGAGGAGAGAGUGGUGGUGGUGAACAGGUUUAGAGAGGAGAGAGUGGUGGUGGUGAACAGGUUUAGAGAGGAGAGAGUGGUGGUGGUGAACAGGUUUAGGGAGGAGAGAGUGGUGGUGGUGAACAGGUUUAGAGAGGAGAGAGUGGUGGUGGUGAACAGGUUUAGAGAGGAGAGAGUGGUGGUGGUGAACAGGUUUAGAGAGGAGAGAGUGGUGGUGGUGAACAGGUUUAGAGAAGAGAGUGGUGGUGAACAGGUUUAGAGAGGAGAGAGUGGUGGUGAACAGGUUUAGAGAGGAGAGAGUGGUGGUGGUGAACAGGUUUAGAGAGGAGAGAGUGGUGGUGAACAGGUUUAGAGAGGAGAGAGUGGUGGUGAACAGGUUUAGAGAGGAGAGAGUGGUGGUGAACAGGUUUAGAGAGGAGAGAGUGGUGGUGGUGAACAGGUUUAGAGAGGAGAGAGUGGUGGUGGUGAACAGGUUUAGAGAGGAGAGAGUGGUGGUGAACAGGUUUAGAGAGGAGAGAGUGGUGGUGAACAGGUUUAGAGAGGAGAGAGUGGUGGUGGUGAACAGGUUUAGAGAGGAGAGAGUGGUGGUGAACAGGUUUAGAGAGGAGAGAGUGGUGGUGAACAGGUUUAGAGAGGAGAGAGUGGUGGUGGUGAACAGGUUUAGAGAGGAGAGAGUGGUGGUGGUGAACAGGUUUAGAGAGGAGAGAGUGGUGGUGAACAGGUUUAGAGAGGAGAGAGUGGUGGUGGUGAACAGGUUUAGAGAGGAGAGAGUGGUGGUGGUGAACAGGUUUAGAGAGGAGAGAGUGGUGGUGAACAGGUUUAGAGAGGAGAGAGUGGUGGUGAACAGGUUUAGAGAGGAGAGGGAGGUGGUGAACAGGUUUAGAGAGGAGAGAGUGGUGGUGAACAGGUUUAGAGAGGAGAGAGUGGUGGUGGUGAACAGGUUUAGAGAGGAGAGAGUGGUGGUGAACAGGUUUAGAGAGGAGAGAGUGGUGGUGGUGAACAGGUUUAGAGAGGAGAUAGUGGUGGUGAACAGGUUUAGAGAGGAGAGAGAGGUGGUGGUGAACAGGUUUAGAGAGGAGAGAGUGGUGGUGAACAGGUUUAGAGAGGAGAGAGUGGUGGUGGUGAACAGGUUUAGAGAGGAGAUAGUGGUGGUGAACAGAUUUAGAGAGGAGAGAGUGGUGGUGGUGAACAGGUUUAGAGAGGAGAGAGUGGUGGUGGUGAACAGGUUUAGAGAGGAGAGAGUGGUGGUGGUGAACAGGUUUAGAGAGGAGAGAGUGGUGGUGGUGAACAGGUUUAGAGAGGAGAGAGUGGUGGUGGUGAACAGGUUUAGAGAGGAGAGAGUGGUGGUGGUGAACAGGUUUAGAGAGGAGAGAGUGGUGGUGGUGAACAGGUUUAGAGAGGAGAUAGUGGUGGUGAACAGGUUUAGAGAGGAGAGAGUGGUGGUGGUGAACAGGUUUAGAGAGGAGAGAGUGGUGGUGGUGAACAGGUUUAGAGAGGAGAGAGUGGUGGUGGUGAACAGGUUUAGGGAGGAGAGAGUGGUGGUGGUGAACAGGUUUAGAGAGGAGAGAGUGGUGGUGGUGAACAGGUUUAGAGAGGAGAGAGUGGUGGUGGUGAACAGGUUUAGAGAGGAGAGAGUGGUGGUGGUGAACAGGUUUAGA